UCCUCCCAUAGAGCUCUGUGACCGGCUUGCUGUUAGCUGUUAAACACAUACCUCAGUUUUAAUGCAGCCUCAAUGCCACACUGACUUUAUUGACUGCUGGUUUUCGGGAGCCAAUUUUGACUUAUGAUUGCACCUUUAAAAAAAUGGCUUACAGGAAAAAACAUUUCUUGCGGUCUGUCUGUUUACUUGUUUUCAGCUUUUCACUUAUUUAUCUUGUAACAAACCCUACAAGAAAAGACUGCUGGAAAAAUGGACAGUUUGAAAUGAAACACCUGCUGAAGCACAACAGAGGAGAACUGCAAGCUUGUUCAGCCAUCAUCCAGGGAGACAUGGACGGAGUUGACAGCAAACACUUUGGCAAACUCCUUGCUGGAUGGAGAAAAAAGUCCCUUUUACCCGAAUCCUACUACCUAAAUGUCACAAAGGACUGCCAAGCUUUUGUCAGAGACAGGGGGUUUCUGACAGUUCCUCUGAGCAUGGAGGAAAAAGACUUUCCAAUCGCAUACUCCAUGGUUAUCCAUGAGAAGAUUGAGAUGUUCGAGAGGCUCCUGCGUGCUAUUUACACUCCUCAGAAUGUCUACUGUGUUCAUGUGGACCAGAAGUCACCUAAGAUCUUUUCAGAGGCUGUAAGGGCAAUUGUGUCUUGUUUGCCCAACGUGUUUGUGGCCAGCAAGUUAGAGAGUGUCGUCUAUGCUUCCUGGUCUCGAGUUCAAGCGGACCUUAACUGCAUGCAGGACCUUCUCAAGUCUCCAGUCGGGUGGAGGUAUCUGCUCAACACGUGCGGGGCAGAUUUCCCUUUAAAAAACAACGUGGAGCUUGUUCAAUCUCUGAAAAACCUCAAUGGGAAGAACAGUAUGGAGUCAGAAGCCACAAGUGCAUCCAAAAAAGCUCGCUGGAUGUACCAUCAUAACGUCACAAACACCGUGACUCGGACAGGCGUGAAGAAGACCCCUCCCCCCAUCAAUACCCCUAUGUUCUCUGGGAAUGCUUACUUUGUUGUCACGAGAGCGUUUGUAGAACAUAUCUUCAAGAGUCCUGAGAUCCAGAACUUUAUGGAAUGGGAAAAGGACACAUACAGCCCGGAUGAGCACAUGUGGGCAACACUACAGAGGAUGCCUUCGGUGCCAGGUUCUAACCCUCCCAAUGGAAAAUACGACGAGUCAGACAUGCUGGCCAUCGCAAGGUUGGUCAAGUGGAGUUAUCUUGAAGGAAACAUGAAGGAUGGAGCGCCAUAUCCGCCGUGCACCGGGUCAUACAGACAUUCGGUCUGUGUUUAUGGAGCAGGAGAUCUGAGCUGGAUUGUGAAGCAGAGACAUCUAUUUGCUAACAAAUUUGACCCAGAAGUGGACGAUAUUGCUAUAAAAUGCAUGGAAGCUUUUUUAAGUGUCAAGAUUGCACACAGAAUGUGUAUGUGAUGUACAGAACUGUACAUAUUGCAAAAAACUGGAAGAGGGACGGGGGUCUGGAGUGGAUAAGGAGCACAGAUCAGUAAAGACUGUGCAGUAUGAUGCCCUUGCUUUCCGCUCAAAAAAGAAGAAAGGUUUCAGGUAUUUUGUCUGUUUUUUUCUUGUCAUUUACCAUAGCUGCCAUUCUGAUAACAUCUUUUCUUAUCAGGUUCAGGAAGAACAUAGUUUCAAGAAGCCAUAACAAAGUACUGAAAACAAAAUCUGUUGUCUGUCUAAUACAGAGGUGAAGGCUAAUAUACCUAACACACCUUGGAGACCCCAAAAAUUGCAGUAGUAAAGGGUCCAUUGUACAUGAAGUAGGGAAAAACAUUUUUCCCCAAUACACAACAUGUCUUGUUUUGUGUAAUGUGUAAUCAUGAUCGUUAUUACCUCCUCUCAGGUGCAAAGAGUCAAGAUUGCUGUCAGAAGGAAGAAUAACACAACUCGGGCCAGAAAGUGCUAUUUUCAGUAGGAAGUAGCAAGAGACGUUAUACUGUUAUCAAAUCAAUCAUGUGGCAGCAGCACAAUGCUAAAAUCACAGAGACAGAGAUCAAGAGCUUCGGUUAAUGUUCAUAUCACACAUAGGAAUGAAGAAAAGUGUAACCUCUGUGACUUAAGCAAUCUUUAUUAAAGAUAGGAAAAGCAUCACACACACACACCACAUUGAAUCUUGAAGUUGAUGGGCUACAACAGCAGAAGAGCAGAUCAGGUUCCUCUCCUGUCAGUCAAGAACAAGAAUCUGUAUCUCUCAUGGGCACAGACUGACCCAAACUGGACAGAUGGAGAGCGUAAAAAUAGUGUGUAUUGAAAAUCCCAGAAGAUCAGAAGUUUCUGAAGCCUCACUACCACUUUUUUUUUUUUUUUUUUUGCAUUGCGCAAAGUGGACGGUGUUUUAAACUGCUAAUCAGAACACUAUCACCAUCUACUGGCCAAAGUGUAAAAUUGCAGCAUACUUAAAUAUACUCUAUUCGUGAGAAGCAGUUUUUGUCAUCCUCUGGCUGCUCCCCAUACCGGAUCAUCAAAUUGACAUACUUGAUUUUGGAAAAGGUUGGGCACUGAAAGUUAACCCUUCAGUGGCUGGGGAAGUCGUAGCAAUAAAAAAAGUACAUAGUGAUGUAUACAAAGUAAAGCAGUAUACACUGAUCAGCCAUAACAUUAUGACCAGUGCCAGGUGAAGUGAAUAUGACUAAGUAUCUCCUCAUCAUGGCACCUGUUAGUGGGUGGGAUAUAUUAGGCAGCAAGUCAACAUUUUGUCCUCAAAGUUGAUGUGUUAGAAGCAGGAAAAAUGGACAAGAUUUAGGAUUUGAGCGAGUUUGGAUCAGAGCAUCUCCAAAACUGCAGCUCUUGUGGGGUGUUCCCGGUCUGCAGAGGUCAGUAUCUAUCAAAAGUGGUCCAAGAAAGGACCAGUAGUGAACCGGUGACAGGGUCAUAGGCGGUCAAGGCUCAGUGAUACACGUGGGGAGUGAAGGCUGGUCCGUGUGAUCCGAUCCAACAGACGAGCUACUGUUGCUCAAAUUGCUGAAGAAUUUAAUGCUGGUUCUGAUACAAAGGGGUCAGAAUACACAUUGCAGGACGGGUUAGGGCUACAAUAUUAGUCAGGUGGUCAUAAUGUUAUGCCUGGUCAGUGUGUACAAUUUCAAUGAAUGUGCAUCGAAUGUGUUUUUGUGUCAGAAAAAACGAGGUGGGAUAAUUAUAUAAAACUACAACAUAUACACAAUAUGCAGAUUAUAUUAGGCAAACUGGUAUGUUUGCCCAAUAAGUAAGUAGAUAAAGUGCAGAUCCUCCUGCAUUUAUACACAAAGUAAGCUAAACUUGAUAAAUAAUUCCCUUCUUGGACAUUUUCUGGACUCAGCUAGUUGUUAAGGGUUAAAACCCUCCGUUCUUCGGGUGUGGGAGAGGCCGAAGUGUGGAAAGAUGCAGGAACUGGCACUACAGGAUGUUCACAGGUGAGAAGUCAGUUAAAGGUAAUGGUAGUGUUUAUAUUUAACCCUUUGUGCUCAAAGCCAUAUACGAAUAAAUCGGCUUUUCUCAAGCGCACAUUUGAUUUGCGUUCAGUUUGACAGCUGUGUUUGGAGGUGUAUCACCAUAGUAACGGCUCAGACCUCACCUACACUGCUGCUGAUUGUGGACAGGUGUGCUGUUACAGUGCUACAUCCAAACACAGGUCUAUUAUCAAGAACUGGAUUAAAAAUGUGCAUAUGACCUAAAUCUAAAAGAGCAGGUGAGGGUGCAGGUUUUCAUUCCAGCUAAAAGCCACACCUGAGCCUAUUAAAAGCCCAGAACCAAUUAAACAGGUGGAAUCAGGUGUGGCUCCUGUGUGAUUGUUGUUCAAACCUGCACCUACACCGGGUCUGUGCAAAUACUGUACACCCUAACCUUAAGCCGGGAAAUACUUUAAAUGACUAUUUACUCCGAUUAUGGAUAACAGCUUAGAAAAUGUCUGAUACAAGAUCAUCAAAAAUGCCUGGUGUGAACGUGAGUUUUAAUGAAAGUGCUGUUUUUUGUUUUUAGGUUAAACACCAGACCUAGCAUAAUAUAAUGGUACUUGUUUAUUGGUAUUACUGCACUUUCAAACAUACAACAGAAUAUCAGGAUUAUCAGCAAAACAGGUGGUACAUUCAUUGGUCUGAUCCGUUUAACAGAGAACAAUCCAAUGUGCAUUUAUCGCAUGCUGCUUCAUGAUGCAGCAACACUGUACACAACAAUUCAAUACAUCAUGGAGAAAAUAAGACAACGGUUUGACCCAAGAUGGAUGAAGAUGAUUAGCUGCGGUUAGUGAGGGAUAAUUACACAACAAAAACCAAAAUCUAAAAUUUGAGGUAAUGCUACAGAAGCAGGCAGACCAAAAGAAAUAAGAGGAUGACCUUUACUAUGACUUUUCUCACUAGAAGAUUCUUGAAGAAACAGCUGGGAUCAUUCCAAACACACGAGACUAACCUAUAACCAAAUGGGGGAUUAAAGCAAAGUGCUACUUUAAUGAUUUAGUGUCAAAAUCGUUAAAAUAUCCACCAGAUUUUAGAUGAUUUGAUUAAGUUGAAUGUUUUCUGCAAACUGCUUGUGAAUAAUAAAUUGCCCAUCAGUCCACCUAAAAUUCUACACGUCAUUUUAUUCUGUUGUUUCCUGGGUUUUUAAAACAAAAAUAGAUCAAUAAUCAAUAGGAGAGAGAUUCAAAACAUGUCAGAAGUAACAAAAAAACUAACCAACCUCUUUUAAGAGCUAAAGAGUCGAUGUUAGAGUAAACUGCCACGUUCUUUUAUAAACAAGGACAUCGGUAUUUGGUGAAAGCUGGUGGUUAUCGAUGGAAGGUCUCGACGUAAUAAAUAAACGUAAUAACUGUGCUAAAGUCCUGCUUUAUAUACUGCACUAAAGUAACUGUGGUGUGCGCUCCUGUGACAUGUAAUCAUAGUGGAAAAGAGGAAGACGUUUUUUGUAUUGUUGAAGUUUUACUUGCAAAAACAUAACACACACCAUAUAAACACCCAUCCCAAAUGUCUGCUACAGAGAUUAACACAAUAUGUGACUAUGAAGUGAUCCGUUUCUUGAAGAUUGUUCCUAAGUGGCGAAGAGGGAGAGAAGAACACUUUCCUCAUACAACAUCUCUUAUGUUUUUCACCAAUAAACAGUAACAAGUAUGAUGUGAGAUUUCAGUAAGUCCAAAGUAACACCAUAAAGCACUGUCCAAUGCAAAAAAUAUAUA